GUGCCUGGAUUUCACUGGCCGCCCGGAGCGGUGGAGUUGGGCGAUAAACAGGCUGUGUGACUAGGGAGGAGGGGGAAGGGGCGCUCGCUCCGCGGGGACUUCUCACGCCCCCUUAUUCCUUUACGUGUGAUUUGGUCGGGACGUGUGGUCCCGGCCGCCGGCUUGAGCCUACUCUCUUGUGAAAGGGUAAAGUAGCUCUGGCGGAAAGCGGUUCAAGUUGCCGAGAGGGUGCGAGACGCGGGUCGUCCCCCAUGCCCGCGGAAUGGUGUGUCCCUGAGCUGGUCCAGGAGCCGGCCCGACGUGUCUGAGAGAGGCCCGGGAGGGGGCGGGAGGGGGCCCGCAGAACGCGGGUUCUGUGAAGAGACGUGGGGAAGAUUCGACUCCGAGAAGAGGAAGAACCGGAUUGAAGGGGAGCGAGGCCGUGAGGGGGAGGGGGCUGCCAAGAUGGCGUCGGCCUCCUCUGGGCCGUCGUCGGGCGGGUUUUCGUCGGUGGAUUCCGGGGUUCCUGGCUGCACCUCGUCCUCAGCAUCUGGAGUCAAGAGAUCCACGACAUCUGAGGUGUCGUACGCCUCUGGCAUGCCCAUUAAGAAAAUAGGCCACCGAAGUGUUGAUUCCUCAGGAGAGACAACAUAUAAGAAGACAACCUCAUCAGCCUUGAAAGGUGCCAUCCAGUUAGGCAUUACUCACACCGUGGGGAGCCUGAGCACCAAACCAGAGCGGGAUGUCCUCAUGCAAGACUUCUACGUGGUGGAGAGUAUCUUCUUCCCCAGUGAAGGGAGCAACCUGACCCCUGCCCAUCACUACAACGACUUUCGGUUCAAGACCUACGCACCUGUUGCCUUCCGCUACUUUCGGGAGUUAUUUGGUAUCCGGCCUGAUGAUUACUUGUACUCCCUCUGCAGUGAGCCGCUGAUUGAACUCUGCAACUCUGGGGCCAGUGGUUCCCUCUUCUACGUCUCCAGUGACGACGAAUUCAUCAUUAAAACCGUCCAGCAUAAAGAGGCGGAGUUUCUGCAGAAGCUGCUUCCAGGAUACUACAUGAACCUCAACCAGAACCCCCGGACUCUGCUGCCUAAGUUCUACGGGCUGUACUGUGUGCAGGCGGGCGGCAAGAACAUCCGAAUCGUGGUCAUGAACAACCUCCUGCCGCGCUCGGUGAAGAUGCACAUCAAAUACGACCUCAAGGGCUCCACCUACAAACGGCGGGCUUCCCAGAAGGAGCGAGAGAAGCCUCUGCCCACCCUGAAGGACCUGGACUUCUUACAGGACAUCCCCGACGGCCUCUUCCUGGACGCCGACAUGUACAAUGCUCUGUGUAAGACCCUGCAGCGCGACUGUCUGGUGCUACAGAGCUUCAAGAUAAUGGACUACAGCCUCCUGAUGUCCAUCCAUAACAUAGAUCACGCACAGCGAGAGCCCGCAAGCAGCGAGACUUGGUGCUCGGCUGACACGCGCAGACCGGCCCCCCAGAAGGCCCUCUACUCCACAGCCAUGGAGUCCAUCCAGGGCGAGGCCCGGCGAGGUGGCACCAUGGAGACCCAUGACCACAUGGGCGGCAUACCCGCCCGGAACAGUAAAGGGGAGAGGCUGCUGCUGUACGUCGGCAUCAUCGACGUUCUGCAGGCGUACAGGUUUGUGAAGAAGCUGGAGCACUCUUGGAAAGCUCUGGUGCACGAUGGGGACACGGUGUCGGUGCACCGGCCCGGCUUCUACGCGGAACGGUUCCAGCGCUUCAUGUGCAACACAGUGUUCAAGAAGGUCCCCUUGAAGCCCUCUCCUUCCAAAAAGUUUCGAUCUGGCUCAUCUUUCUCUCGGCGAGGAGCCCCCAGCGGCAACUCCUGCAUUACUUACCAGCCAUCGGUCUCUGGGGAAUACAAGGCACAAGUGACAACAAAGGCGGAAGUGGAGUCAGGCGUCCACUUGGGUCGUCCUGAUGUUUUACCUCAGACUCCACCUUUGGAGAAAAUCAGUGAGGUCUCGGCUAUUCCUGACCCCUAUUUCUCACCUGUAGUGGGAGAAACUUUGCAAAUGCUAUCUACAAGUUCAACCCUCUUGGAAAAGCUUGAAAUUGAAGAGUCAGAGUUCACCCAUUGAGCAGAAGCCCUCAGAAGACCUGGAACAAGAUUCUGCCGUCUUUCUGACCCCAGGAUGUCAGCCCUCACUACAGCAAUGCUGACACUUCUUCUUGGUCAUCAGACAGGAUGUGAGGGAGGCUCGGGGAGCUGGCCCUCUCCUUCCUGAAGACGAGCAUCUCCUCCUUCCCCGUUCGCAUGCAUGGGCAUUGGUGCCUCGGGCAGCCUCGGACAGCAGCGUCCCCUCCCUCCGGAGUUGGGUGGCACGAGUUUUCUCAGCGGGCCAGCCUUGGUGCCCACAGUGAAUUGUUUUCAACCCCCAUUCUUCCUGCUGGAAGAGGGGUGGCUGGAUUUGGUGGUUUUCUUCCCCCUCAUCUACCUUUCACCGGGAGCUGGAUUCUUAAUUUCCUCAGGACAGACUGGCUGGCACAUCCCCACCGUCGCUCAGCCCCCUGUAACCUUUGUAAAGGUUUUUGGGGGAGUGAGGGUGUUUAACUAUCUCCCAACCUUCUUUCUUUCCUUAAAAAGGGAAAAAAAAGUAGUGCACAGCACACAGUUUUCAGCCAGGUUCACAUUAAAACUCCACAUGUUGGGGAGAAGCCUAGUCAUAGGGUUCCCUCAGAAGAGCCCUGCUGUUUGAGAAACCAGUGUGGCGAUCGCUCGGCCUGGAGCAGCUCCUCUUAACUCCUCCUGUCUCGAUGAAUUUCUUAGGGCUGAAGGAAUGGAGAGAGUGGGGCAUCGCCAAUCUUCACCCCUUUUGUUAAAGCAGUGGGGCAGUCAUAGGGCUAGGAGAUGAGGGCCCUUCCUGGCACGACCCUCCUCACUGCCAGCCUAUGACCACUCUUCCUGUUUUGCCUUUUGAAAUGUAUUCUGGUGGUUUUUCUAUAUGUGAAGACUUAUCAAAUGAAUUUUCAAUUCUUUUCCAAAGGAGAUUUCUUCCUUGCUCUUGCCACCUUUUCCAGCGGUGUUCUGCUGUCUGUGGAACUCAGGUGGAGGGGGGACACCUGUUUGUGGAACGGGCGGCCCACAUCUGUGAGGCCACAGACUGUCCUCGGAAGCGCACGGGAGCCAGCAGAGCUUUGCCUCGCCGAGGUCAUUGCAGUGCCACAUGCUCUGCCCUUCUCUUCGUGCAGAGAACUUGGAAAUGGGGAUGUCACCCCUCUCCCUCCAUCUCCGAGAGCUGCAGUUCUCCAUCUGAUCUCCUCCUCUCCUGUUGGGAGGAAGGGGGCCUGGCUUCUCAGGCAGAUUGUUGAAUUCCUGUACUCCCCCCUCUUCGUCCCACCCUACCGUGAUAGUAGGUUAGCCCGAACCCCAAGUAACUGUCUAUAUUAGACACCCCCAGCCAGUUUCUGGCUGCUUGUCUUUGCUGCCAUGUUCUUUUUUACAAGAAGGAAAGAAACAAUUCUUGCUAUUUUUUUUCAUAAUUUACUAUUUAUGAUGUAUUUAAGUGUUUUAUUCAGGACACAGUUCUGUACGGGGUGGGAGGGGACAUUCGAGGGAGGCUGGGUCUUAGGGGAGGAAAUGGGAAAUCAACAUUUUUAUGAAAUGUCACUAUUUGCCUCUACUUUGUAUUGUUCAGAAAUGGCAAAUGCAAUAUAAGUGAUAAAUGUAUGAUUUUAAUGUAUUAAACUUUCAU